AUGGCGACCUCCGUGCUCCCCGCCGGAAUCACCCCCACCCCGGCCAAGUCCACAACUAGAACCAACCCAGCAAAGCAAUCCACUCCUUCGACAGCCCUCACAACCCAGAAAUUCCUCCACCGCAUCUCCCUCCACCCAACCCUUACCCCCUACCGCCGCCGCGUCUACCGCGUCCUCCUCUCCGUGCCGCCAGGCCGGUGGACCACAUACUCCGCGAUGGCGACAUACCUGGGCUCCAGCGCGCGGGCAGUGGGCAACGCGAUGCGCACGAAUCCGUUCGCGCCCGAGGUCCCCUGCCACCGCGUGCUGGCGGCAGAUGGGUCGCUGGGCGGGUACAAGGGCGAGUGGCGGGUUAGUAAACAUCUUGGGAAUGGGUCGUUCCGAGAUGAGAAGAGGAUGAGGUUGAAGGAAGAAGGGGUGGUGUUUGAUGAGGCGGGGAAGGCCAAUGGGGUUUGCUUUAGGGAUUUCCGCGAGCUGGGCGGCAAGGGAGACCUUGGGGAUAUCAAGGUUUAG